AAUUUGGAAAUGAUGCAUCCAAGACUUACUCCUGUGACAUAAAGAGUGGGAGCUAUCAAAGAUCUGCCUAACACAUGCUAGAGAGACAUUUUCCUCCAGACACAAAAGAGGGGUAACAACUUAAGAUGACCGAACCCUGCAAUCCCCCAGAAAAUGAACUGUCACCAUUUCAGAUCUUAUCGAUUAUAACAAUUAUAGGCACUGAAUGCAUCACUGGUAUCAUUGCAAAUGGGUUCAUUAUGGCUAUAAAUGCAGCUGAAUGGAUUAAAAAUAAGGUAGUUUUCACCUGUGGCAGAAUCCUGUUUUUCUUGAGUGUAUCCAGAAUAGCUCUCCAAAGCUUCAUGAUGCUAGAGUUUACCUUCAGCUCAACAUUCCCACGUUUUUAUAAUGAAGACCUUAUAUAUGACAUGUUCAAAGUAAGUUUCAUGUUCUUGAAUCAUUGUAGCCUCUGGUUUUCUGCCUGGCUCAGUUUCUUCUACUUCAUGAAGAUUGCUGAUUUCUCCCACCCCCUUUUCCUCAAGCUGAAGUGGAGAAUUUCCAGAUGGAUGCCCUGGCUUCUGUGGCUUUCAGUGUCUAUUUCCCUGGGCUACAGUGGGCUCUUCUCUAAAGACAUCUACAGUGUGUAUCACAAUUCUUCUAUCCCUUCCUCCAACUCAAGUAAGAAAAAAUACUUCACUGAGACCAAUAUGGUCAACCUGGUUCUUCUCUAUAACCUGGGGAUCUUCAUUCCUCUUAUCAUGUUCAUCCUUUCAGCCACCCUGCUGAUCAUCUCUCUCAAGAGACACACCCUACACAUGGAAAGCAAUGCCACUGGCUCCAGGGAUCCCAGCAUGGAGGCUCACAUGGGGGCCAUCAAAGCCACCAGCUACUUUCUCAUUCUCUACAUUUUCAAUGCAGUUGCUCUAUUUCUCUAUAUGUCCAACAUCUUUGACAUCAACAGUUACUGGAAUAUUUUGUGCAGAUUUAUCAUGGCUGCCUACCCUGCUGGACACCCCAGUCUGCUGAUUCAGGACAACCCUGGGUUGAGAAGAGCUUGGAAGCAGCUUCAAUCUCAAGUUCAUCUUUACCUAAAAGAGCAGACUCCAUGA